AGCAGAAUAGGAAUAAAGCAUGUCUUUGUUAGAAUAAGAAUCAUACACUUAUCAGCUAGCUAAAAGAGUUGUGACAUUUUCAAAUUGCCUUGAUACAUUUACAAAAGUGGCAUAAGACCAUCUUUAUAACUUAUAAGCAGCACUAUCUGAUGCAGUAUUGAUGUUAUGUCUUAAUCUGUGUUCCAUAUAUUUAGUUGGUAUUCUUAUCUGUUACCCAAGUAAAUAUAAUUGAUUUAACUUUUACAUUAUGAAGUGCAGAUUAUCAUUUGCUAUGGGAAUGUGAUUUGUGGACUCAAAAGAGAAGGAAGGAUGGUUAUCUGGCUAUCAGUGAAGAUGAUCAGAAUCAAAAGAAAACUAGGAUUGUGUGUAUAAGGGAUUGACAGGAUUCUGUGAAUAACAGAGAAUGGAGUUUGAUCAAAAUAAUGUUAGGUGGGUUGUAGAACAAGAUAGAUUAAGCAGAUUGCCAGAUGAGCUUCUUCAUAAGAUCAUGUCUUGUUUUGACAUGAAAUUUGUUGUUGAAACAUGUUUGUUGUCCUCAAGAUGGAAGCUUCUGUGGACAUCAAUGCCCUUUCUUAACUUCUCAAGCUGUAAUUUUGGGUCUUUACUUAGGUUUGCUGAAUUCAUGACUCAUGUUUUGUUUCAUCGUGAUCAUCAAAGAGAAGUGUCUUUGUUAAAGCUAUAUUUCCAAGGAGCAGCUAAUGACUUUUUUGUGAGAAAGAUUGCAGAUUAUGUGUGCUCUCACAAUGUCCAACAACUAACUAUCUGGCUCACACACCACCUUCCAAAUAACCCUCCUUUCCUGUUUACCUCUAAUUCACUCAAACAUUUCACACUGACUAGCAUUGUGAUUGGAGCUUGCAAUAUUACACCCAAAACACCUUGGGAUUUUCCAGCUUUAACAACUUUGCAUCUCAGUGGCAUUGUAUUGAGUGGUGAUCUUUUCUCCAAGUGUGUAAACUUAAAGCACCUCACUUUAGAAUCUUUUGUUAUUAAUGUGGAUGUGGAGGAAUUUGACAUCAUUACCCCUCGACUUUCUGAUCUCAUUCUUAUUGGUGGGAAAUGUUCAAGAGUCAUCAUCAAUCUGAUUGCACCUCAACUUGAGAAUCUCACAAUAUAUCAUUGCAUCAUCAAGCUCUUGAAUGCUCCAUCAAUUCUUUCAUCUUUGUGUUACACGGGUUUUCCGCAUCCACAAUUGUUCAAAGAUUGUUUCCAUUCUCUAAAUGAAGUGACUAUAUGUUGGUUAAAAAUGCCAUAUAAGGAGGAAGAUGCUCUCAAAACUAUUCACAUGCUUCAGAAGCUCUAUAGUGCCAGAUAUGUUACACUUGAUGCUUACAUUGUUGAGUGUAUUUCAUCAUUUCCGGAUUUAUUAUUGCACAAUUCUUCACCUUUUACCAACUUGAUUUGCUUGACUAUAGACUCCAGCAUGCGUGUGGAUCCAUACAAAGUAAAAAUGUCUAUUGAAGCUAGAAACUUCUUGAUUGAGAAGUCUCCAAGUGCCACUUUAAUCAUGAAAUGA